AUGCAUACUUCCAGCAGUGACGACCCCAGCUACAGUCAGAGCUCCCCACCUCGGGGUCGCAGGGCACGAUGGAAAGGCGUAUACCGAGGACGUUGGGGGGUUGCGGACAGCUGUUCGUUCAGCGGGGUGCAACCUAAUUCUGAAGAGCAACAAACAGGGGAAGCCAAAAAGGAGAACAGAGUUAUUGUCCUAUAUCUGGAUCUCUCUUUUCUUUUACUUCUAGAACUCAAGAAGAUGAGUAUGACACGCGGCUGCCUGCUCUGCAUCAAAAUUACCAUGUUCAUCUUCAACCUCAUCUUCUGGCUUGGAGGAUGCGGCAUUCUUGGAGUUGGGGUUUGGCUGGCGGUUACUCAGGGGAAGUUUGCUACCCUCUCCAUUUCCUUCCCCUCGCUAUCUGCUGCCAGCCUCUUCAUGGUGACAGGGUCUGUGAUAAUGGUGGUUGGCUUCAUUGGCUGCUUGGGUGCAGUGACGGAACACCGCUGCCUCCUGCUCACGUUCUUUGUAGUGCUGUUGAUCAUCUUUCUUCUUGAAAUAAUCAGUCUCGUCCUGUUUUUCGCCUACAAUGACAAUUUUCACAGUUACGCCCAAGAAGACCUGAAGAAAGGUUUAGCGCUGUAUCAAACAAAAGAUAAUCUAGGACUAACGAAUGCUUGGGACAUAGUGCAGACUGAGUUCCGUUGCUGUGGCGUGAAGAAUUACACUGAUUGGCUGGAAAUGAGGAACAGCAGUAUCGUGCCCCACUCUUGUUGUACAGAGCACAGUGCAUCCUGCCAAAGCAACCCCAGCACUUGGUGGACAGAGGUGAGUCCCUUAUACUAUCGGUAACAUAAAAAGGUUCUCGGUAGAGUUUGUAAU